AUGCUAGGAUGCCGUAUACCGGACUGUCCGUACCAGCGGCAGAGACAGAAAGAACAAGGUCGCUGGUAUUCAAUCCGCGAUAUCGCGUAUGUCUUCUCAAACGGAAGUGUAUGGGUGAUGCUUAUCAUGGGAGUUCUCAAUGGAAUUCCUCGGUCUGCAAUUCAUUUCUCUACAAUGUACUUUCAGUAUUGCAAUAUUCCGGAUUGGUGGGCUUCAGUGGCGACUUCAGUUUGGAUAUUUGUCUUACUGGCAAUCUUGAUUGGCUUUUUAGCCGGGUGGCCUGGAGUCGGGGUGAAUCGUCCUAUCCUUACAGAAAUAGUUAAUCCAGAACACCGUGCUACGACUUUUGCACUGGUUUCUUGCUUAGAGGGUGUUGGUGCUGCAGCACUUGGAGCUCCAAUAGUUGGUUAUUUGUGUGAAAAUGUAUUUGGUUACAUAAAGAUGACGAGAUCUGUGUCAAUGAAUAUACCAACAGAAGUCAUACAACUCGGCAAUGCUCGUGCAAUAGCUCUAUCUAUGUUAUGUAUGACGGUUGGUCCAUGGCUUCUUACCGUCAUUGCCUAUGGAUUUCUUCAUCUAACAUAUAAAGUUGACAAGACUCAUGGAUCAGAAGGAAGAGGAAGGAGAGAUGAUUCAUCCCUUCCUUUGUUGCUACAAGAGAAUCAACCUAACGACACUCUCCCUCUUGUUAAUAACAACAACAAGUAA